GAUGUCGAUCCCAGAGGAUAUGGAGAUGGAGAAGAUCGCAGAAGAUGAGCUGUCCAAGCUACAGAGACAGUUCCGAGUGAUGGAGAUCGACCGUAUGUCGGUGAUGACCAGCGUUCAGCCAACUCUUCGCGUGCAGAGGAACAUGAUCCGCACCCUGAACAACGACCUGGACAAGAUCAUGCUGGAAUUAAAGCUGACAAAAAGUACCUCCAACGUGAUGGGGAGCGCCAAGGCCCGAGACAAGCUGGUUUCCCUUCUGAAGGACCACGAGCGCUGCUCAACUGAGGUCCGCGAGCAUCGCAGUACCAUUCAUGAGCUGAACUUCCUUCUCAAGCAAGUGCAGAAGGAGAUCAAGGCAUUGAGGACCAAAGGAUGUGGUGCUGAAGAGGAAUAUGCCAAGUCCCUAACAGAGCAGACCAUGAUCAGCCAGCUUGAGAACCGGCUAAGCACCGCCAUGAAGCGCUUCAACACAGUUAACAGCGAGAACUACAAGAUGAGGCUGGAAAUCGACCGGCUUCUUAGAGACAGGCAAUCAUUCAACGGCGUGUGGAAGAGCCAGAUCAAACGUCUCCUGGACGGGAAGGCGGCUAUUCUGGAGCUGGUGGAACAGGCCAUCGCUGCUUAUGAUCAGAGGGAAGAAUGGUGUUCGAAGCUGGAUGGGAUGAAGGAACGCGCCGCUAUUGACUAUAGGAAACACUGUCUGGAGGUCCGUGAACUUCAAAGGCAGCUUGACCACAGCAUGAAACUUGAAGAGUUCCUUCGGACCAAGGGCACCAUCAGACUGACGGCGGCAGACGCCAAGGCGGAGGCCAAGCGGCUUGAGCAACAAGAGGAAGAGAUGAGGACUUAUAAUAACUAUGUCAACAUCUUAGAUGCUAUACGGGAGUUCGCAGGAGAGGAUGACGUGGACAAGCUUAUUCUGGAGUUCAACAGACGAGAAGAAGAAAAUUAUGCGCUGUUCAACUACAUCAACGAAGUCAACACAGAACUCAAGAACCUUCAUGAUAACGUGCGGUCACUUAGGACAACUAUAGACGAUGAACACGCCAAGCACCAAGCAAAGCUAUCCAAACAGCAGGACAGCAUCCAAUCCUUACAAACGACACUGGACGAGAAAAAACAAGCCACGGCCACGCUAAGAGAGGAGUAUAGUCGCAGUGAUGCGGUGCUGAACAGUUUGCUGCGGCAAAUACAGCAGCUGGCGCAUGCUUCCGACUGCAACUCCCUGCCACUCUUGAAGUUACUAGGGAAGUCUGUGGACGUGAACGUGUCCAACGCGCGCCUCUACAUCAAGAGCUUGGAGAAGAAGAUUACGGAGACCGUGGAAAUCAUCAAGAUAGACGAGGCGCUUCAGCGAGCGGCUGAGAGCAAGGAGCGAACGCCGCCAUCUUCCCGGCGCCGGCGCCGCGCCCCGCCCUCCCCGCGCCUCACGCCGCGCCCGCCCGCCGCGCCGCACCAACCAAGACCACAGCCCGCGCAUGCGUAA